AUGGCGACUGCUGCCCAGCCGCUCGCAGAGCGGGCGGACAUCCACAAGUCGUGCAAGACGCUCGAGACGGCCGUGAACGUCCUUAAUGACUACUGCGAAGCCGCGAAUGCCAUUGUUUUGCUGCAGAAGAAGCUCGCGAAGGCGCUUCGAGAGGUUGCAUCCGCGAAGUGUGUCGCAGACAUCCCAGCAAAUGCCCUCAACACGAGUGCUACGAUCUUCGAGGCGAUGACGGAGGUGGAUACCAAGUUUGCCAAGUUCGCGGACAAGGAGUGCGACAGCGUGAGCUCGGAGGUCAAGAAGUGGUUUAAGAAGCUCGCGAAAGAAGAGCGGGUCCAUGACGAGAAGAUCGCGUCUGCAAACCUGAAGCUCAAACAGGCUGGCCAGUUGUACGAACGUAAGGCCAAGAAGAACCCUCGGGAGGCAGCUGACGAGCACACACGUUACAUCAACUUGCUCAGCGCGCUUGGACCAGAGGUAAACAGGGAAAAAUACAACCAUGCAUUGCUAGUCACGCAGCGGCAUACGGCCACGAUGUACAACCUCGCUUCAAGUUUUUCUCGCGUGGCAGACUCAGAGUGGGUGCGUAGUUGCGAAAGCGUCCGUCGAUUCUCCCCUACCGUCGGCCAGCUAGGUCAGUGGAGGGCCCUCUGCGAAGGCGGAUGGCAAGGAAGCAUGCCUCCCGAUCUCCCAGGUGGAGCCAGUGUGGAUCAGUCAGAUACCACCUCGCAAGCACCCGUAGGCAACGAGCAAGACCUCCCUCCCUCCUCCGAUGGCAUUCGCCAGCUCGCCAACGCCUUGUCCGAGAAGGGUGUUCCGGACUACUCGUCGCGCAAUGCUUCCGAGCAAGAACCUACCUCGCGCGCAGUUACCCCUUCCGGACAGUCACCGAUGCCGCCUCCGCAGUACUUCCCCUCUCCCACAGACCCCGCCCCCCUCCCUCGUGCGUCCGCGCCGUCGCCUGUCUCCGCGUCGCAGGAGCGCGAGUCGCCCAGGGAGGAUAGUAGCAAGUCCGCGGAGUCCGCCCAAACCUCCGCUCGAACCACCACCCUCGCGAACCUCGCGGCGUUCCCAGCACCACCAACGCAUGUACCGACACCUCGAGCCGGCGGGAGUAGAUUCAACUCAGUGGCGAGUCCGCCUCCUCAGGAAGUCCGUUCAGAUUCGCAGGAGCAAGAUGAUUCCCUCACGCCGUUCCCUCGUAUGGAGUCCCCCCUCCCCGAAAGCGCUGGACGCACACCGAAUCUGACCGAAGACAGCGUCUCGCUGCCGUCAUCACGCACCGAACUCAUUACGCCGGACGUAUCUUCGGCGCCGUUACCGGACACGAUGCCUGAGGACUCAAAACCUCCGCGCGAUGAGGAUCGUUCUGCACCUCCGUCUUCGUACUCCCACGCGUCCCGCAGUGAUCAAGAUCCUGAAUCGCCGAGUCCAGACCUUAUAUCCUCUCCCAGACCGGGUCUCCCUGCGUCUUCCUCAUACAGGCGGGGUGAUUAUAUCGAUGAGGCCGAGUUCGGAGUACGCAGAGGCAUCGACGCACCAAGGUCUCGAGCACCCCUGUCAAACGAACCCCCUCUUGCAAAGAUUGUGGAACGCACGGACACCGGAAGGAGUACCGGGAGCAUGGUUGCAGCCCUACGCGAUCGCUACAGUAUGCAGCCCGAGCAGACGUCACCUCCCCCCAAAUCGCCCGGUCCCAGGGAGCUGCCAAAGGUCCCCAACAACGUCUCAAGCCUUGCUACUCGUUACGAGUCGACUUCUCCCUCUCGCCAGCCCGACUCCCCAACUCAAAGGCGGACCUCGGCAGAUUCCUACCAUCGUUUACCGGAGCCAUCCACAACGACAACGUUGCCUUCGGUCUCCCGGUACUCUACGUCACAACCAGUGCCGAGCAUGGACGAGAUUGCCCUUCGCCGCCAGCGCAUCGACGAGCUUGAAGAACUUGAGCUGCGCGAACGUACCCACCAACUUCGGAUGAAGGAGCGCGAGAUCGAGAUGCGUACGCGCGAGCUCGAGCGCGAGCGCAUGGAGAUUCUCAAUACACGCGCCCGCGGCAGCACCGAUGGCUACCUCAGCGACGGUGGGCGCUCCGUGGGCCAGCCCCGGGUGUCGACAGCGCAGCGCGCGUCUAUGGAUCGCUAUCCGUCAUCGUACUCGCAGAGCGUUACACACCUAGCUCUUCCGCCCGUCUCGCGCUCGUCGGCCGCGCAGUCAUCCUCCAGUCAACCGUCGUCACCUGCCGACCAUGCGCCGUAUUGUGGGUGCGAGAUGUGCUCAGCGAGCAAGUACAAGGCCCGCGAUCCGUCUUCGCCCCGCGACACGCGCCCACCAGAGCCGCCAAUCCAGCUACGCCCAGAGAAGCCCAAAGGCGGAUGGAUUCGUCGCCUGAGUAUGCCCGUGAUCAACAACACGUUCUCUCUCGACACGAAGAAGGGCGUGAGCAGCGUAGGCAUCGCUGGUGGCCUGGGUGCACCGAGCUACAGGAAUAGCCUGGCGUUCCCGGACGAGGACGGGCGGAUUCGGACGGACAUAACGGUGACGGGUGGGAUCCGGAACCGGAGCACCAGCAACGUCGCACGACGGUAG